AUGGCGUCUAAAGAUGUUGAUGAUAACAAUUUGAAGAAAAUAGGUUUAGACUCAGUUGGAAAGAAAAGUUUAAAUUGUGCAGAAAAGCAAUUAAGUUGGAGGGCUAAACAUGACAAAAGUUCUUCUCAUCCUCAUGCCUACAAUUGGAAUAGCUAUAGAACAAAUUAUGUUGAUAAUUACCAAAGUAGACUUAAUAAGCGAACUAGUGAUCUUGAAGCUCUGAAUGUAAAAAGCAACAACAAACAUCAGCCUUUACCGAAAGACGGUGAUCAAGUUAAUCAUUUACAAAUUUGGAAGUUCUUAUUAAUAAGAGGUUCAAUUGAUGACGACCAAUUGGUGCAAAUUAAGGAAGACAACAAUUUCAUCCGUCGUUAUGAGUGUGAUACCCAUAAGCAAUUUUAUACACCUUAUCUAAAACACACUGUGGAUACUAGCCAAGUUGACAUUAACGAUUUAACACUUAUAUUGCAGCACUGGAUAAAUGAUGUUAUGAAUAAGCAGAUUGAUUCUGUAGCUAUGGAAAACUUAUUUGCAACUAUCCGAUACGGUUAUAUUUUAGUAACCGGUUUAGAUUUGCGUCAAAAGAGAAUGCCCAUCCAUAAGUUUAAAACUUUUGUUAACGGAUUUUAG